UGGAGAACUGGUCCAGAUCAUGAUGGCAACAGCCAAUGAAAACCUCUCAGCCAAGUUCUGUAACAGGGUCCUGAAAUUCUUCACCAAGCUCUUCCAGCUCACUGAGAAGAGUCCUGUCCCCAGCCUCUUGCGACUCUGCGGCUCCUUGGCUCAGCUGGCGUGUGUGGAGCCGGUGCGGCUCCAGGCCUGGCUGACCAGGAUGACCAUGUCCCCACCCAAAGAUUCUGAUCAGCUGGAUGUUGUGCAAGAGAACAGGCAACUGCUGCAACUUUUGACAACUUACAUCGUUCGGGAAAACAGCCAAGUUGGAGAAGGUGUGUGCACUGUUCUGCUGAGUACUCUCAUACCAAUGGCAACAGAAAUGCUGGCCAACGGGGAUGGCACGGGCUUUCCUGAGCUGAUGGUCGUGAUGGCAACUUUGGCCAGUGCAGGACAAGGUGCAGGACACCUCCAGCUUCACGGUGCUGCUGUUGACUGGCUGGGCAGAUG